GCUUUUCAAAUAUAUUCUGUACACUUCUACUGUCUGAAAAUUUAAUACAGCAAACGCGCUGUUCUUCCUGCUAUUCUUCAACCAUUCUCGAUUUUGUUGCGGGUCUUCACUUGGUAUUCCUUGAAGUCUGUCCGCUUACAUUUCCGUCAGCAUGGCAGCUUCGUAUUAUUACCGAGACCACCCAUACAACCAUGCCCCGGGGCCAGCAUAUCCCCUGGAACCAUAUACCGCAUCAAACGGUCCUGACGAUCUUGUCUAUAAAACGCAUUCCCAGCGUCGUCAUACAGACGCUGCGAGGCCUUCCUCUGCUUCAAGGCGGAGUCGUCGUGAUGGAUAUCGUUCGACACACAAUCACGAACAUCGAGGAGGCCGGAAGCAUAAGCAUCGAGAUGACUAUUACCAAGAACGUCCCUCAUAUUCUCACUUCUCCUUGUCCCGGUCUCCUUCCCCUAAACCGCGUCGGCGUAAGUCACUGGGCGAGCAGGCCAUGGCCGCACUCGGCUUGGCAGGCUCAAGCUCUCGUGGAAACCAGCAUCAUCGAACGAGAACUCGGGAUCGAAGCUACGAUUAUUCUGACCCCCGCUCCCGCCGUGAUCACGAUCAUCCCCGGCGUCGGAGGGAGCAUAGGCAGAGGAAUAGAAACUCCUCAAGGUCCCCCUCACCUGACGCUGCGUCGAAAGAGAUCAGACAUGCCAUCACUGCUGCAUUGGCUGCGGGUGCUGCAGAAGCCUAUCGUGCACGGAAAGCACCCGGCGGCUGGACGGGAGAGAAGGGAAAACGAGUACUAACGGCUGCCAUCGGCGCUGGUGGAAUGGACAAACUUAUUGAACGUGACCCAAAUAAGCACAAUAAGCGUCAUAUUUUGGAAUCCACUAUCGCCGGAUUGGCCACAAACCACUUAAUGAACGGGUCCUCCAGAUCGCGCUCGCACCGACGCCAUAGCCGACGUUCCAGAUCAGAAGAUCAUAGCGGAAUGAAGAGCCUUGCCACAGCGGGUGUCUUGGCGGCAGCUGGUAAAAAGGCAUAUGAUCACUAUCGUUCCGAAUCCCGUGGUCGGUCUCCAUGUUCAGGAUAUUCUAGCGACGAAGAUGUUCAACCCCGUCGCCAUCGCAAGAAAAGAAGCCAGAGUGUAACGGAUUAUGUUGCCAAAGGCCUUGCUGCAUUAGGAUUAACGGAUGAUGUUGAUGACAAACGUCGCUCAACGCGGCACCGCGAAUAUGAUCACAGUUCUUCGGAUGAUGACGACUACUCAGACUACCGCCCUCGUCGCCGUGAAAGGCACUCCGGGCGUUCUAGAUAAAUUAAAGCCUCUUCCUUAUUUUAUUUUUUAUAUUUAUUUGGUAACACUACUUAACUCACACUCAAGCACGCUCCCUUGGAUGAUUUCUUUAUUAUUUUUGUUAUUAAUGAAUCUUGGCCUAUCCGCGGAAUUCAUUUGUGUUGAAUGGAUCUUUGCUUUGUUAAUGAUUCAGCCUUAUAAUGACUUAACGCCCUGUUCUUCAUGACAAAGCCAUGCCUUUCAUCGAUCCAAAGCAAGCUUUCUUAUCCGUCUUGUUCUCUCUGAAUUUGAAUUUUAAUUAAUGACGUGUACGACCGUCUCAAUAUUUCUACUUUAUAUGUGGCUCUGGGCUUCACUCAGAUUUUAAACCGAAUUGAAGGACUUUUAUUUUUUUUAGAUAAA